CAAGCAAAUUAAUAAAAUUAUUAAAAAAAAAACAAAGAAAAAACGAAAGGAAGUGUUCGGAAAGGAAGAGAGACUCUAAUGGCUUCAACGACUUUCUCUCUUUCCUUAGCCACAGUUUCUUCUUCUUCUAUUUCUUCAGCCUCUCAUUCCAAAGCUUUUCUUGUCCAAUCUCAUCAAACUAAAUUUUCAUCCUCACUGUUGGGUACAAAAUUAUGUGUAAAUAAGACACUAAUAGCAAAAUCAACGAGCAAGAGAAGCACUUCUAGUGGGUUCACUUGCUUAGCUUCCUCUUCUGUUCUUCCAUCAGCUCUUUUAUUCGACUGCGAUGGCGUGCUUGUUGAUACUGAGAAAGACGGUCACAGGGUUUCCUUCAACGAUACUUUCAAAGAAAAAGAACUGGGGGUCACUUGGGAUGUAGAGUUGUAUGGCGAGUUGCUCAAAAUUGGUGGUGGAAAGGAACGGAUGACAGCCUACCUUAACAAGACUGGUUGGCCAGAAAAGGCUCCAAAGAGUGAAGAGGAACGAAAAGAAUUCAUAGCUUCACUUCAUAAGCGAAAAACGGAGUUGUUCAUGGCUCUAAUUGAGAAGAAAUUGCUACCUCUUCGGCCAGGUGUUGCAAAGCUGGUUGAUCAAGCUUUGGGAAAAGGAGUAAAAGUUGCUGUCUGCAGCACUUCCAAUGAGAAGGCGGUCUCUGCAGUAGUUUCAUUUUUGCUGGGACCUGAGCGAGCAGAGAAGAUCCAGGUAUUUGCAGGAGAUGUGGUUCCCCGUAAAAAGCCUGAUCCGGCCAUUUACACAUUAGCAGCCAGCACGCUUGGUGUUGAUCCUUCAAGUUGUGUUGUGGUAGAGGACAGUGCAAUAGGCCUUGCAGCUGCUAAAGCUGCGGGAAUGAAGUGCAUAGUAACAAAAAGCGGUUACACAGCGGAUGAGGACUUCUUAAAUGCAGAUGCGGUGUUUGAUUGCAUUGGAGAUCCUCCAGAAGAGUGUUUUGACUUGGCAUUCUGUGGAAGUCUUCUUGAAAAGCAAUAUGUCAGCUAGAUCAUCUCUCUCUCCCUAGCUCCAUUGCUUUUUGUAUGUCUAUUUCUUGUUUAUUUUACCUUUAUUUAUGAUAAACAAGUAAAGAAAACUUGAAAGCUUAUAUGCUGUUACAAUUUCUUAUUUGAGUAGGUCCUAUCGUUAUUAUGCAA